ACGAGCAGUCGAAAUUGGCAUGCUCCAAACAAACAGCAAAAACAAGCACAACGUAAGAAGCAAGUACAAUGAGCAAGCGUUUAAAGACAAUAAAGGGGUCGAAUUUGGGGGGGAAACCAUCUCGUUUCACUCAAAACUAAUUUGUUUAUUAGUAAAAUAAAAGUAGCAGAACGAACGUUAGCAUAACGCGAACGCACCAUGUUUCAGGCAGAAGAUGGAGAAUCGCUUACCUGCGAAGUGGCAACUCAACUAGAACUCUAAAUAAUGGCGUCCCUCAAAGCGAACACCCAUGAUAAUUAUAAGCAUGUGAGAAAGGAGCGAAAGGAGCAGCUGGGCCCUGCACACCACUACGUGAUUAACAUGCUGGCCCUGAGACUGAACUUGGCACCAUCAGUAGUGGAACAAUUCAUUCUGGACUACUCGCUCUCUCCUUUUGACAGGUUUUUUGCUAUCGAUGGAAGUCCUAACCUUUCGUUUGUAUAUCAAGAGGAAAAACAUCCCGGGAUGGAGUGUGGUCGUCCGAUUCCCGGGCCCCAGAAAGCAUUACGUCUCGCUUACGCCAACUUAUCGGACAGGGCCCUCACGGGCAUUUAUUGUGCCUUCACGCGUAUCCGGGUGAAUGUUGCUGUGACUCCAGACAACAUACACGAGGAAACCUUUUUUUCCAUGUUCGACGCCCGCGAUGGCUUCCCUAAAGCCAUCAAGAACAGCUUCAACAACCUGCUCCCCAGUUUCCAAGCACUGCUGAAAUUUGCAAAAUCCAAGCCCAGAGCCAAGAUUAAGCCAGAUUUCGAGCACAUCUUGAAGCACAGCGUGAUGGGGUUGGAUGUGAUCCAGAUGAGCUAUCAGAGUGUAAAACUUGCCGAAGCCAAGAACGUUGACUUCAAUAAAAUAGAGUCCUUUCAAGAUAUGACGUUAGCAGCGGCAAACCCUGACACGGUUAAACAGUUGGAAGAUAUUCUGAGACAGUGGCACAAUCAAAUUGACCGGGUCCUGCUGGAGACUCAAGCGCUGAAGAUUGGUCUCCUGUCGGAGGGGCCGCUGAGCGAGCUGGAUUAUUGGAGGCAGGCGUUCUUGAAGUUCAACUUCAUCCUCAGUCACAUCAACGGUGCCAAGUGCAAGGCGGUCAUCACCGUGCUCAGACUCAAUCGUUCCAAAGCACUGCAAACGUGGCCCCUGCUGGAAGCUCGGGUGACGGACAACUACAACGAGGCCAAGGACAACGUCAAGUUCCUGGGCACAGUGGAGAAAGUGUGCCAGCCUCUUUACACCAGUGACCCAGCCGCCAUUGUGAAAAGCGUGCAGAAUAUCAUUAACGCCGUUCAGAUGAUCCACACGGUGUCUCGGUACUACCACACCAGUGAGAAGAUAUCAGCCAUCUUCAUCAAAGUUACAAAUCAAAUGAUCAUAGCAUGCAGGCGCUACAUUUCCAGCAAUGGCGCAUCAAUAUGGGAUCAAGAUGGUAAAGAUGUUGUGAUGAAAAUACAGGAGUGCCUCGGUUUGUAUCAGGAGUAUGAGUCUUGCUUGGAGAAAACGCAAGAAAAAGCAAAGGAGAUCCCUGGACGGCGGCCCUUUGUGUUCUCGGAGAUGCAUGUGUUGAGGAAGUUUGAGGUCUUCUGCAAUCGCCUCGAACAUAUCACCAAAAUAAUGUCCGUGUUCAAGACGUUCGAGUGCCUGGCCAAGUCCAACAUCGAGGGCAUCGAGACGCUGGCCGGUCAGUUCCGCAAAGUCUCCACCGACUUGAAGAACAAGCAGGCGGACGUGUUUGCAUCGAGGACGGUGGCUUUUCAAGCCGACUUUGACACAUUUAUGUCUCACAUAAGUAACCUGGAGGAGCAGCUAAAGGCAUUCAUGAAUUCGAGCUUUGUCAAAUUCGACUCGUCCCAGCAAGCUCUCGGCGUGAUACAGCGUUUUCAGAAACUAAACAUUCCCUGCCUAAAGGCGGAAAUACCCACUGCGUUGGCUUCUAUUCUCCAGCUCUAUGUCUCCGAAGUAGAGGCUGUGUCCAAGCUGUUUGAGAAGCAAAACGAAGACCCGCCCUUGGGUCGAAACAUGCCGCCCGUCUCUGGGAGACUCCGCUGGGCCCGACAUCUUUAUAAGAAAAUUCACGAGCCGAUAUCGUACAUACGUGAAAACUCUGACAUCCUGACCACCCCCGAAGGACGCACCGUGGUCAAAAUGUACAAUCAGACCACGGCCGCGUUGCAACACUUUGAGGCGGACAACCACAAAGCGUGGUUGACUGAAGUGUCAAAGCUGGAUUUUGCCUUGAAUACAACACUCUUGAUCCGCUGCACUGUGACGGGAAAGUACUUGGUCAACUAUGAUCCUAAAAUAAGCGAAGCCAUUCAGGAGGCCAGCAAUUUGGUGAAGAUGGGCCUGGACGUUCCCAAGCAGGCGUUGCAUUUCCUCAAGAUACAGGGACAGCUGAAGACCUAUCACCAUCGCCUUCACACCAUUUUGAUUGACUACAAAGAAACUUGUGACAAGAUACCAGGGGACUUUACUAACCUGUUGACAUCAAAAACCAACCAAAUGGAGUCCCUGCUUCGCUACGGGUCAGUGAUGGUCACAUGGUCGUCUCUCCUCUUGGACAAGUACUUUAUAAAUAUUGACAACGCCUUGUCUGAGCUCAAGCUAAUCUUGAGCAAGGUGAAAGACAUCUGUAAGUUUCACAUUGACGAUUACCUUAAAGAGCUCUCAAUGAACGUUCUAAUUGAGCUGCCCGAAGAUCGGGCUUCUGCAAUUCAGCCUCUCAUCGAGGUCAACGAGAAUCUGUGCAAGAACGGCGUCAAGGCACUAGAGUUUAAGUGCUUACACAUUAAGGAAGCGGUGAACGAGUUGGGCAAAGUUUUUAACGCCAUUUACAAGUCAAAGCAAACCAAGACAGUCCCGGACGGAAUCGGCUCAGCAAAGAAGGAGACCCAUCGGACCUCCGAUGCACAUGAGGCACCGACAUCAGAGAGCCAAGAGAAAUACAAAGCGACGCGAUUUGAAAAGGACUUCACAAAGCAAUACGACUCCUUCGGUGCCAGGAUUUUGGAUGCAUUGGUGGAAAGGACGAAGUUAUCCUUGAAGACCUUGGAGAGGAGAAUUUGUGGCUCUGACGCUUUCCAGAAGAGGGCUGACUCUGGCUGGGUCGCAAUGAUGAAAUCUGAAGUGCAUCUGGAUGCUCCCAAUGUGGUGAUGGUCCCCACUGUAGACAAGAUUCAUCAAGCCAUACUUGAAAUUAUUGAAUUGAUCUUGGACGUGAACAAGGGCAUUCAAUGCUGGGAGAUUGAAUACAGACAUGAUCGCCCCACGACUGAGGUGAGUCACCUUGGGACUGAAACGACACGCCGUUAAAUUGACCUGACGCUCUGCCCUCUCGCAGAUCGACAGAAGUUGAACUUCUACAGUCGCGUCGUUCAGCACGAGGAUAUCAAAGCGGUCAUUUUCGUCUUGAAGUCGGCCUUGAAGUUGCAGAGGGACAAUGCCGCCAGUGUUCUGGAGCGCUUCAAAAAGUUCAAGGAGCUAUGGAGCGAGGAUAAGGAGCGUGUCAUCAAGGCCUUCAUGGACAGCAAGCCGACCUUAAUGGAGAUCAAAAGUAAACUGCAGCACUACGAUGUGUUCGAGAGCCAAAUUGAGGAAAUCCAGAACGUCAUCGUUGUUGGGAUGAUUGAACUGUCAACAGAUCACUUAAAGGAGUCUCUCAGGAUCGAGGCCAAGGCCUGGAAGAGGCUCCUGUGCAAAUACCUGCGCAUAGAGUGCCGCAAGAACAUCAUCAACAUCAGCCUGCACACGCACAGGAGCUUCACGCAGCUGUCACAUUCCGUCGAAAAUCUGGACGAUGUUCGCUGCGCCAUGAAGACGCUGUCCAACCUGCGGGAUUCCGAAAUUAACACAGACAUAACGCUGAUUUCCACUCAAGACGCCUAUGAAGUGCUGCUCCUUUAUGAAGCUGAAAUGCCUGAGAAAGAAUCCGGAGAGGUGUACGGACUAGGCCGUUUCUUCAACAGGCUUCUGUCUAAGGCUAUGUCCGUUCAAGAUCAGCUUUUCUGCAUGCAGCCCAGCCUCAAGCAGGACCUGCUGGAGCGGGUCAGCGUCUUUGAAAAAGAUGUUGACACUUACAUGGACGAAUAUGACAUUUCUGGCCCCAUGGUUGAAGGAAUAGAACCCAAAGAAGCCAGCUUAAGACUGCAGAAAUUCCAGGCCAGGUUUUCUGAACUGUGGCGAAACUUCACCACGUACAACUCCGGUGAACAGCUCCUCGGCCUGCCAGUCUCUGACUAUGAAUGUCUUCAAAAUAAAAAGAAAGAGCUGGAUCUGCUACAGAAGCUCUACGGCCUGUACGACACUGUGAUGAAGACCAUCAAUGGUCACUCCAAGCUCCUGUGGACACAAGUGGAUAUCGAUAAGAUCAAUAAUGAACUCAUGGACUUUCAGAACAGGUGCCGGAGGCUGCCCAAGGGUCUAAAGGAGUGGCAAGCCUUCAUGGACCUGAAGCAGACUAUCGACGACUUCAAUGAGUUGUGUCCUCUGCUGGAGAUGAUGACCAACAAGUCCAUGAUCAGCAGGCACUGGGAUCAGAUUUCCAACCUGACUGGUCACAAGUUCGAGGUUGAGUCACCCACGUGCACGUUGGAGAAUAUCAUGGAGGCGCCGCUGUUGAAGUACAAGGAUGACAUCGAGGACAUCUGCAUAUCCGCUGUGAAAGAGAGGGACAUCGAGGCCAAGUUGACGGGCGUGAAAGCCGUGUGGCAUGACAUGAACCUGACGCUGAUGGACUUCAAGGACAGGGGGGAGCUCAUGCUGCGAGGCGGCGAUACCACCGAAAUUCUCACAACUCUCGAGGACAGUCUGAUGGUGCUCGGAUCGCUGCUCAGCAACCGGUACUGCACAUUCUACAAAGCUGAGAUCCAGGACUGGGUCUCCAAGCUCUCUACUUCGACAGACGUCAUUGAGCAGUGGGUCAUCGUGCAAAACCUGUGGAUUUACUUGGAGGCCGUGUUCGUUGGGGGUGACAUUGCCAAAGACCUGCCUCAGGAAGCGGAGCGGUUUCAACAAAUUGACUCAACAUGGAUCAACAUCAUGCAGCGAGCGCGGGACGUCCCCAAUGUGGUGGAAUGCUGUGUUGGGGAUCCAAUGUUAGGGGAGAUCCUACCAGAUCUUCAGAAGCAACUGGACUUCUGUCAGAAGUCCCUCACAGGGUACCUCGAGAAAAAACGUCUGCUGUUCCCACGAUUCUUCUUCGUGUCUGAUCCCGCCCUCUUGGAAAUCCUCGGGCAAGCAAGCGAUUCCCACACAAUUCAGUCACAUCUACUUGGUGUGUUUGACAACGUAAAUGAAGCCGAGUUUGACGUCAAUGAGUACGACAGCAUUUUGGCCGUCUUGUCUCAAGAAUCGGAGAAACUGCCGCUAGACAAACCGGUCAUGGCGCAGGGUCCUGUGGAGAACUGGCUGGGGAAGCUACUGGCGGAGCAGCAGUCGUCGCUCCACACCGUCAUAAAAGCGGCGGAUGACGUGAUCAACGACGAAGAUUUUGAACUCAUAUCUUUUCUCGACAAGUUCCAAGCGCAGGUGGGUCUGCUGGGAAUCCAAAUGCUCUGGACAAGGGACUCAGAGGAAGCCCUGGAAAAUGCCGAAUUCAGUAAGGAAGCGAUGAUCUUCACCAAAAAGAAAUUCCUGAACAUUCUCCGACUGCUCAUCAAGCAGACCACCUACGACUUGACCAAGUUCGACAGAGUCAAGUAUGAGACCCUGGUCACCAUCCACGUGCACCAAUAUGACAUCUUUGAAGAGCUGGUGGCAAAAUCGGUCAAAUCUACCGGUGACUUUGAGUGGCUGAAGCAAAGCAGAUUUUACUACAAUGACAAUGAUAAGGUCAUCGUGUCCAUCACCAAUGUCGACUUUGUGUAUCAAAAUGAGUUCCUGGGAUGCACCGACCGUCUGGUCAUCACCCCACUGACUGACAGGUGCUACAUUACGCUGUCCCAGGCUCUGGGCAUGAGCAUGGGAGGAGCCCCUGCUGGGCCAGCUGGCACGGGAAAGACUGAGACCACUAAAGACAUGGGUCGGUGCUUGGGAAAAUAUGUCGUAGUUUUCAACUGCUCUGACCAAAUGGACUUCAGGGGACUUGGCAGGAUAUACAAAGGCCUCGCACAGUCAGGCUCGUGGGGUUGCUUUGACGAAUUCAACAGGAUCGACCUCCCAGUGUUGUCUGUGGCCGCUCAGCAAAUUUACAUCGUUCUGGUCGCUCGCAAGACGCACAAAAGCACCUUUGUCUUCACGGACGGCGACGUUGUGGACCUGAAUCCAGAGUUUGGACUUUUCAUCACUAUGAAUCCUGGUUACGCCGGUCGUCAGGAACUCCCUGAGAACUUGAAAGUGCAGUUCAGGACAGUCUCCAUGAUGGUACCCGAUCGACAGAUCAUCAUGAGGGUCAAACUGGCCAGUUGUGGAUUUAACGAGAAUGUCAUUCUAGCCCAGAAAUUCUUUGUGCUUUACAAACUGUGUGAAGAGCAACUUACAAAACAGGUGCAUUACGACUUUGGCCUGAGGAAUAUCCUGUCCGUGCUGAGGACGCUGGGGGCCUGCAAGAGGGCCCGACCCGACGACUCAGAGUCCAGCACCGUCAUGAGAGUGCUGCGUGACAUGAAUCUGUCGAAAUUGGUAGAUGAGGACGAGCCUCUUUUCCUCAGUCUCAUCAAUGACUUGUUCCCUGGCAUCAAGCUAGACAACAGCACCUACAAUGAACUUCAAGCCGCGGUGAAGAAUCAAGUUGAGCUCGCCGCUUUGGUUAACCACCCCAACUGGAACCUGAAACUAGUUCAGCUCUACGAGGCUUCCCUCGUGCGCCACGGCCUGAUGACGCUUGGGCCGAGCGGGGCGGGCAAGACGGCAGUCAUCAACAUCCUCAUGCGAGCGCUCACCGAGUGUGGAACACCCCACAGGGAGAUGCGGAUGAACCCCAAGGCCAUCACCGCGCCGCAGAUGUUCGGCCGUCUCGACGCCGCCACCAACGACUGGACAGAUGGCAUCUUCUCCACCCUAUGGAGGAGGACGCUUAAGGGCAAGAAAGGCGAGAUCAUAUGGAUCGUCCUGGACGGUCCCGUGGACGCCAUCUGGAUUGAGAACCUCAACUCUGUGCUGGACGACAACAAAACCCUCACACUUGCAAACGGAGACCGCAUCACCAUGUCGCCAGCCUGCAAGCUGGUGUUCGAAGUGCACAACAUUGAGAACGCCUCCCCGGCCACCGUAUCUCGUGUCGGGAUGGUCUUCAUGAGCUCUUCGGCUCUGAGCUGGGAACCCAUCCUCAAGGGAUGGACAAACAAGCGUAACCCUGACGAAGCAGAGCACAUCAUUACUCUCUACGACCGGAUAUUUUGGGACGUUUAUUCAUACAUGAGGCAGAACCUCAAACCCAAGAUGCCGUUUUUGGAGUGUAACUACAUCAUGCAGUCUUGCAAUCUGCUGGAGGGCCUCAUCCCGACCAAGCAGAUGGGGGGUCUGGUCAACGACAAACACUUGGAGCGCCUCUUCGUCUUUGGCCUCAUGUGGAGUCUGGGGGCCCUCUUGGAGUUGGACGACCGAGACAAAAUGGAGGGUUUUUUCCGAGAGCACGGCAGCAACAUUGAUCUCCCCCACACGCAAGAAGGAGAAACUAUGUUUGAAUACAUGGUUGGGACAGAUGGGCAGUGGUGCCACUGGAACAUGCAUGUAGGGGAGUACGAGUAUCCGACAGAUCACGUGCCAGACUACGGCGCCAUCCUGGUUCCCAAUGUAGAUAACACCAGGACGGCUUUUUUGCUGGAAACGAUUGCCUCGCAAUACAAGGCUGUCUUGCUUAUUGGCGAGCAAGGGACGGCCAAGACGGUGAUGAUUAAAAGCCAUGCCAAGAAAUUUGACCCUGAGACAGACCUGUUUAAGUCACUCAACUUCUCCUCUGCCACAGAGCCCAUUAUGUUUCAGCGCACUAUCGAGAGCUACAUAGAGAAGAGAAUCGGGAGCACUUAUGGACCCCCCGGCGGGCGCAGGAUGUCGGUCUUUGUUGAUGACAUCAACAUGCCGCUUGUCAACGAAUGGGGAGAUCAGAUCACCAACGAGAUAGUCCGGCAAAUGAUGGAAAUGGGCGGAAUGUACAAUCUGGACAAACCGGGUGACUUCAUCACCAUCGUGGACGUGCAAAUGCUCGCUGCCAUGAUUCACCCUGGCGGCGGGCGAAAUGACAUCCCGCAGAGGCUCAAGAGGCAGUUUACCGUCUUCAACUGCACCCUGCCUUCCAAUACCUCCAUUGACAAGAUUUUCGGUGUGAUCGGCUGUGGCUAUUUCCACGAAUGCAGGAAGUUCAAGGCAGAUAUAACAGCUAUGGUGAGGAAGCUCGUGUCUGCUGGGAGGAUUUUAUGGCAGUGGACCAAGAUAAAGAUGCUGCCCACGCCUUCCAAGUUCCACUACAUCUUCAACUUGCGAGACUUGUCCAGGAUCUGGCAAGGAAUGCUGAAGGUGGAGGCCGAGCAGUGCAACGACUUCAAAACACUCAUUGCCCUCUUCAAGAGCGAAUGUACGCGAGUCGUCGCUGACAGGUUCAUUUGUCCAGAGGACAAAGACUGGUUUGAGAGCUCCAUAACCCGCGUGGUCAAAGAGCACGUCGACCCCAGCCUCGUCGGGGUGAUCCACAAGGAGCCGUACUUUGUCGACUUCCUGCGAGAGGCUCCCGAACCGACCGGAGAGGAGGACGAAAACGCUUGCUUCGACGCCCCGAAAAUUUACGAGCUGGUGCCCACAUUUGCGUUCCUCGAGGAGAAGCUGCGGUUCUAUCAGGCAAAGCACAACGACGAAGUGAGGGGCUCGCACAUGGACUUGGUGUUCUUCACAGAUGCCAUGACUCACCUUGUCAAGAUCUCACGCAUCAUUCGCACAGACAUUGGCAACGCCUUGCUCGUGGGCGUGGGAGGCUCCGGGAAGCAGAGUUUGACUCGUCUCGCCUCAUAUAUUGCCGGAUACGAAGUGAACCAGAUCACACUGACCAAGUCUUACAAUAUAUCUAAUUUCAUGGAGGAUCUGAAAAAGUUGUACAAAUCAAGCGGUGCCGAAGGCCGCGGCAUCACAUUCCUUUUUACUGACAAUGAAAUAAAGCAGGAGGCCUUCCUGGAGUACCUCAAUAAUGUUCUCUCCUCUGGAGAGGUGUCCAACCUUUUUGCAAAGGAUGAGAUCCAAGAGAUAACCCAAAACCUGAUCCCAGUGAUGAAAAAGGAAUUUCCCCGUAUUCCACCCACUUUCGACAACCUCUACGACUACUUCAUAUCGCGGGCGCGAAAGAAUCUCCACGUUGUCUUGUGCUUCUCGCCGGUGGGACCAAAAUUCCGCUCCAGGUCUCUGAAGUUCCCCGGCUUGAUUUCUGGGUGCACAAUGGACUGGUUCGCCCCGUGGCCCGAGGAGGCGCUCGUGGCGGUGGCUCAUCACUUCCUGUCAGAAUUUCCCGUGGUUUGCUCUUCAGAGGUGAAAGCCUCCAUGGUGACCACCAUGGGCGUGUACCACCGCAAAGUGUCUGAGACGUGUGAAAGCUACUUCGAACGCUUCAGGAGGAGAACUCACGUCACCCCAAAAUCAUAUCUGUCUUUCAUCAGUGGCUACAAGAAGCUCUACCAUCAAAACCACGAGCACAUUAACACUCUCGCCGAGCGCAUGAAUGUCGGUUUGAACAAACUGAUGGAAGCUAGCGUGUCUGUGGCAAAGCUCUCCAAAGAGCUAGAAGUCAGUGAGAAAGAGUUGGUUGUGGCCUCUGCCAAAGCUGACAAGGUAUUAGCCGAGGUGAUGAUCUCAACUGAGGCAGCCACCAAAAUCAAGAACGAGGUCCAGAUUGUGAGCGACAAAGCUCAGAUGAUUGUCAACGAAAUCACGGUGGAGAAGGCCAUCGCCGAGGAAAAACUGGAGGCGGCCAAGCCUGCGUUGCAAGAGGCCGAAAAUGCACUGAAUACCAUUAAGCCUGCUGAUAUUGCCACGGUGAGGAAACUGGCCAAGCCUCCGCACUUGAUCAUGAGGAUCAUGGACUGCUGCCUCUUGUUGUUCCAAAAAAAAGUGGAGACUGUCGUGGUGGAUCCCAACUUGGGGACCUGUAUCAAGCCGUCGUGGACUGAUGCUCUCAGGCUGAUGGGCAACACGGGUUUCUUGACGUCGCUGCAGCUGUUCAAUAAGGAUAAGAUCAACGAGGAGAUGGUGGAGCUGUUGCAGCCCUACUUCGAUAUGGAGGACUACACCAUGGAAAACGCCAAGAAGGUGUGCGGCAGUGUGGCCGGUCUGCUCGCGUGGACCAGGGCUAUGGCCACCUUCUACGACAUUAACAAGGAAGUGCUGCCGCUUAAGGCAAAUCUGGCAAUUCAAAGCAUGCGCUACGAAAAGGCCAGUGGUGAGCAACUUGCGGCUCAAAAGACGCUGGCCGAGAAGGAAGCCGAGCUCGCCCUGGUGCAGGCGAAAAGUGACGCUGCUAGCAAAGAGAAACAGGAAUUGCUGGAUCGUUCCGAGAUGUGUAAGAACAAAAUGCAGGCCGCCUCCGAUCUCAUCGGCGGACUGAGUAAUGAGAAAGUCCGCUGGACUCAGCAAAGCAAAGAAUUUAAAUCUCAGAUAAAAAGACUGGUCGGCGAUGUCCUGCAGCUCACCGGUUUCCUGUCCUACUGCGGCCCCUUCAACCAGAAUUUCCGCGACAUGUUGCUGGACAUGUGGAAGAACGAGCUGGUGUCCAACAAAAUCCCCUUCACGGAAAACCUCAACCUGAUCGCCACACUGGUGGACGCUCCUACUAUCAGCGAGUGGAAUCUUCAGGGGCUGCCCGGAGAUGACCUUUCGGUGCAAAACGGGAUCAUCGUCACCAAAGCGUCAAGGUAUCCUCUCCUGGUCGAUCCCCAGACUCAGGGAAAGACUUGGAUCGCUGCAAAGGAAAAGGCCAAUAACCUGCAGAUGACGUCCCUCAACCACAAGUUCUUCCGUACGCAUUUAGAGGACUCGGUAUCCUUGGGCAGGCCGCUACUUAUCGAAGAUGUGGGCGAGGAACUGGACCCGGCCCUUGACAACAUCUUGGAGAAAAACUUCUUCAAGUCUGGCUCUAACUUUAAGGUGAAAAUCGGAGACAAAGACGUGGAUGUGUCCAACAAGUUCCGGCUCUACAUCACCACCAAACUGCCAAAUCCGUCGUACACUCCGGAAGUGAGCGCCAAGACGUCCAUCAUUGACUUCACGGUCAACUUGAAAGGUCUGGAGGACCAGCUGCUGGGCCGCGUCAUCCUCGCUGAGAAAAAGGAACUGGAGAACGAGAGACUGAAACUAAUUGAGGAUGUAACGUCCAACAAGAGGAAGAUGCAGGAGCUGGAGGACAACCUGCUGUACAAACUUAGCACCACGAAAGGUUCUCUGGUGGACGACGACUCCAUGAUCGGCAUCUUGAGCACCACCAAGCAAACGGCCGCCGAGGUGAGCGUCAAGCUGAGCGUCGCGGCCGAGGCGGAGGAGAAGAUCAAAGCGGCGCAGUCCGAGUACCGUGCGGUGGCGUGCCGAGGCAGCAUCCUUUACUUCCUCAUCACCGAGAUGAGCAUGGUCAACGUCAUGUACCAGACCUCGCUCAGUCAGUUCCUCAAAAUCUUCGACAUUUCGCUGGCAAGGUCGGAGAAGUCGGCCAAAACGACCAAACGGAUCGCCAACAUCAUCGAAUACUUGACGUUCGAGGUGUUCAGGUACACGGUGCGAGGGCUGUACGAGAAUCAUAAGUUCAUCUUCACGAUGCUCAUGGCCCUCAAGAUCGACCUGCAGAAUGGCAGAAUACAGCACAGCCAAUUUCAGACUCUUAUCAAAGGUGGCGCCGCACUGGACCUAAAGGCGUGCCCGCCGAAGCCCUUCAGCUGGAUCCUCGACAUCGUGUGGCUGAACCUCGUGGAACUGAGUAAACUGCCGCAGUUUUCGAGCAUCCUCAAUCAGGUGGGCAAAGGUGGCAAGCAUUGGAAAGUGUGGGCCAAUGGAGAUGCCCCGGAGGAAGGUGUCAUCCCAGAUGGUUACAACAAUCUAGACGUCUUCAGUAAACUCAUGCUGAUCAGGUCCUGGUGUCCGGACCGCACCUUGGCUCAGGCCAGGAAGUACGUGGGGGACUCCAUGGGGGCCAAGUUUGCCGAGCCCGUCCUGCUGAACCUGCUGGGCACGUGGGAGGAGAGCGACAUCCGCACGCCGCUCAUCUGCUUCCUCUCCAUGGGCUCGGAUCCCACCAACCAAAUAGAAGCCCUCGCCAAGAAGCUCAAUAUCGGAUGUAGGUCGAUCUCCAUGGGGCAAGGGCAAGAGGUGCACGCAAGGAAGCUCGUCAGUAUCUCCAUGGCAGAGGGGGGUUGGGUGCUCCUGCAGAACUGUCACUUGGGCCUGGAGUUCAUGGACGAAUUGUUGGAGACCGUCACAGUCACAGAGACCGUCCAUAAAACCUUCAGGGUGUGGGUCACCACAGAGCCACACGACCUCUUCUCUAUCACACUCCUACAGUCCUCUAUCAAGUUUACCAACGACCCGCCACAGGGACUUCGCGCCAGCUUGAAGCGAACUUUCGUGAGCAUCUCGCAAAACCAGCUGGAAGUCAGCAACCUGCCCACGUGGAAGCCGCUGCUUUACGGCGUGGCCUUUCUGCACUCUGCCGUACAGGAACGGCGUAAAUUUGGCCCGCUGGGAUGGAACAUUCCAUAUGAGUUCAACUCUGCAGACUUCACAGCUAGCGUGGAGUUUGUGGAAAGACACUUGGAUGACUGCGGGCCCAGAAAGGAUGUCUCCUGGGUGACGCUGCGCUACAUGCUAGCUGAAGUGCAGUACGGAGGCAGGGUCACUGAUGACUAUGACAAACGGCUGCUCAAAUGUUUUGCCCGGGUGUGGUUCAGUAAAAAAAUGUUGGACCCAUCCUUCUGUUUCUACACCGAGUACCAAAUCCCCAUCUGUAAAACCAUUGAGGAGUAUGUGGAAUAUAUUCAGGGCUUGCCUGCUGUGGACUCCACGCAAGCCCUCGGGCUGCACCCCAACGCUGACAUCGUCUACCAGAGAAAUACUUCCGCCGAGGUGCUCGACACCAUCACCAACAUCCAGCCCAAGGAGAGCGGCGGUGGGUCGGGGGCCACCCGAGAGAGCAUCGUGUACGCCAUGGCCGAGGACAUGCUGGACAAACUGCCGCGUGACUACAUACCUCACGAGGUCAGAGCCAAUCUGAAGAAGAUGGGGGCCCUGAACCCCAUGAACAUCUUCCUGCGCCAGGAGGUGGACCGCAUGCAGAGGAUCAUCUCUGUGGUCCGCAGCACUCUGGUGGAUCUCAAGCUGGCCAUCGAGGGCACUAUCAUCAUGAGCGAGACCCUGCGUGAUGCCUUGGACAACAUCUUUGACGCCCGCGUGCCCAACCUCUGGCGGAAGCUCUCGUGGGAGUCCACCACUAUCGGGUUCUGGUUCACCGAGCUCCUGGACAGGAACCGGCAAUUUUACACCUGGGUGUUUACCCGGCGACCCAAAACCUUUUGGAUGACCGGUUUCUUCAACCCACAGGGAUUCCUCACUGCUAUGAGGCAAGAGGUGACCAGGGCCAACAAAGGCUGGGCUCUGGACUCGGUCACCCUGAAUAACAAAGUCCUGAAGAAGACCAAGGAGGAGAUCAAGGCCGAUCCAGACGAAGGGGUGUACGUCCACGGCCUGUUCCGAGGCGCCGACUGGGACAAGAAGCAGUCGGUCCUCUGCGAGUCGGCGCCCAAAGUGCUCUUUACGGCCUUGCCCGUCAUCCACAUGUUCGCCAUCAACUCCACCGCGCCCCCUGACCCCAAGUACUACGUGUGCCCCAUUUAUAAGAAGCCCAAACGCACUGACCUGAAUUACAUCACCGCCGUGAUCCUGGGCACCACUCACCCGCCCGACCACUGGAUCAUGCGAGGCGUCGCCCUCCUCUGUGACAUCAAAUGAGUACACACACAUCAAACGCUUCUCAUUUUCAACCAUAACACGUCUCUUUUGUAUAAUAAUAAUAAUAAACGUCAAAUUUGGCAGAUUUUUCUUUCUUUUGCGUCUCGGAAUAAAAAUGGGUAUUGUUGAUCAGGAACACUAAAGAGUUCUGGGUUUUGGCUUUUAGGUUUUUGUUAGAGAACAGCAAGUUGUGCAAAAAAUGUACCGGAGCAUCGAACAAUUUGAUAUGCGUUAAAAUGUUUACAGAAGCUCAAAUAAAAUUAAGAUAUUAAGGUUAAGAGUCCAUUUAACGUUCAUCCAUAAAUUUCACCUGUAAGUCCAAUAUCCUCAACGUUUUGUAAGUGCCACAUAUAAAAAAAUAAAAUACUUCAUAGUCAAAAUGGAACAACAUGCGUAGAAUUAUUAUCGAAAAAAAAAUCCCUUGAUUUGUGAAUCAUAUACAUACACAUGGGACUUUGCAUUUUGGACAGAAAUGAGUUGCAAAAUAACAAGAUUGAGUAUCAACAAAAGCAUGUGCCAAUUUGAAACGUAGAAUUAAAGAAAUGGAAAAAAAAUGUUGUACUUGGAAUUUUACAAAUGUAUUACACAAUUUGGGAAUACAUGAAUAUCGGGACUAUCCCCCUAAAUAUUCUUUUUGGGUUAAUGAUUACAAAAUCACAACAUUUAUAGUCACCAAUGACAUUCUAUUUAAAAUAACACCUGCAACAUAUUUAAAUGUCAUUCUGUUUAGAAUUUCAUAAAUAUAUACAGCAUAUUUCAGAAUACAUGUAUACCAUGACUGUCCCCCUAAAAUAUUCCCGUAUAUCCACACAGUGUAUUUGUAUCCCCCCCCUGUAAUUUCGAUUUAUUGAUUGCAAAAAUCACGAUAUUUUGAGUCAACAAAAGCGUGUAUGUCCACAAUUAUUAUUUAAGAACCACUUUUUAAAAUGUCUUUUUUUUUUUUCAAUUUUAUUUCUGAUAAAAAUGAUACAAAAUUGCACACAAAAAAUGUGGGGAUAUGUGCAUAUCCUGACUGCCCACCAUUUGGUGGGUUGUUGUAUUGUGCCGUGCGACUGAGACCUGUUUUUAUUUUGGUUAUUGCAUUUUAAUAUUUUGCUUCACAGCCACAAGAGGGCUCUCUCCCCCCCCGCCCCCCCCCCAUCACUAGUCGUGAUUCCCUGUAAAGUAUCAACCUCGGUUUUUGUCUCCUGUUCAUUUCUUCCUUGGCCUUUGGAAGCAGAGAGCAGAAACGCAAGCGGCGCCAGCCAUCAAACGCUCCCCGCCCUCCCGAGCGCUUCCCAAUUAUGUCACCCGGCGUCCCCCCUUUUGAGUAGUGCUCCGCAUCAAACCUCAUUAAUUCCGCUCCUUUCCCUUAUUAUUUGCGCCGCGGACCCCGUCUGCUCGCGGGCCAGUUAACCGGAGCCCCCGCUCACGCUCGGCCGAGCAAAUAACAUCACCGUGCGCGUCAUUAAUGCCCACCGAAGUGGCCGCCGUUGCUAAAUUAAGGUGCGUUGAUGGCGCCUUGACUAAUUUUAGACCCAAAUCUCGACUCCCUUUCUAAUCCUCAUUCUUUCCUUCUCAUAGCGGAAUCCUGUGGCUGCAAAUAGGAAACGUCCUGCCUGCCCCAAAAGUCUUAACAAGUAUGUUCACUUUUGAAUAUUAUUUAUUCAUUUUAUUUUGGGGGGGAGGGGGGAAUGUGUUUUUCACCUGACAAGCAAUCCGGGCAUUUUAUUGUUGAAAAGACCUUUUUUCUUUGCAUUCAAAAGCAAGAGAUUUGUGUUUUGUUUUUUUUAAAGGAGAUACAGUACAUGUUCGAUGUUCUUAUAGAUAUACUUAUAUCUAUAUUAUUUGGGUUUCUGAGAAGAAUUAUUCCAUUGGGUCUCUAAUAAGAACACAUGAAUUUUGAAAAAUGUCCCCCUCCCAAAAAAAAAAAAAAUCCAUGUACGUAUUGCCAAAAUUGGUGAGAUCUUCUUUUUGUGUUUCAAAAUAUCUAUUUUUUCUCAUUUCGGUUUAUCUAUAUGUUGAAAAUGUUUUUUUUUUUUGAGGUACAGACACAUUAUUCAAGUAGCAUAAUUGCCCGUUAGUUUCAACUCUGUUAUUUACAGUUAAUUAAUUAAUUACAGUUAAUUUAAUGCAACACUGUUGCAUUAAAAAAAAAUGAGAAUGAGUUUGCGGAUUUUUGUUUUGGUUUUGUGGGAUUUGUAGAUUUUAAAUACUAACCCAGAUCAUGGUAAUCUGUAAAGAUUGAACAGAGGCAACAGGACUGUUCUUAUUUGUUGAAUUUGUAUUUUUUUUUUUCAUGAAUUCUGAAAACACUCAAAAAUGCAAUUAUGAAUAAUUUUUAGCUGGUCUCAAACGCAAUUCACCUCGGGGCCGCUGAAGGCACAUUCUGGCUGAAGCUGGG